CCCUGCGGUGGAGGACAGGAUGUGUUCCAGUGGGGCAAAGCUCAAGGAACUAGGCUUCAGGCUGGAUGUCAGGAAGUGCUUCCUGGUGGUUAGGACCCCUAGGAUGUGGAAUGCGCUUCCAAGGGAGAUGAUUGAGGACCCAUCAGUGAGGGUGUUCAAGACUGGACAACCGCGUGUUGGGGAUCACAUGAGUGGAGCUGUCUGGAGCUGGGCGUCAGAGUAGGGAGGCCCUCUUGACUUGACCAGAAGUAGCAGCUUCGAGGGGCACUUUUCCUUGGGACAGCUCAGGUAGAGGUCAAAGGUUAAAUUCUGCGUUCACAACCCUUGUGUUCCUGAAGUUUUCAGAUUUCCCUAUAAAAGAACAUUAACUGUUUCCUCAAUUGAAAUAUUAUUCAUUUAUUUAUUGCAUUUAUGUACCACGCUGAUUUCCUAAAGGGCUCUCUGAGCUGUUUACAAACUUACAAAAAUAUAGACCCAUCCUUACCAAACCAGUUAAUCACUUUGUUGGGUGGAUACGAGACACAAUAAUGGUGCCUGACUCUCUUUCUCCUCUCUGGCAGUUCUCUGUGAACAGCUUAAUGCAGGUGAGAUCUAAUUCAGGGAACGCGAAUGGAGGGAUAGAUUGAAUGCCCCCUUUCUCGGGGCUUUUGCUCUCCCCAUCCCAAUAUUGCCCCUUUCUGCCCUGGUUGCUUUCCAAGCUUCAUGAAGAAAUCGAAGCUGAGGCUGAGGAACUUUCAUGUCAGCUGGAACAUAAACCUGGGUUUGAUGUUCAGUUGCAUGUAUUUUAUUUAUGACGUGUAUGUCCUGCCGCUUUCCUCUGGCAAGGAAUCCAAGACAGCUUAUGUGGUGUUCCUAAACUACAGUAUACGCUUAAAAAUACCCUGUGAGGUAGGAUCAGCUUUGAUUCAGCAGCUGGUCCAAAGUCAACCUGUGAGCUUCAUGGCUGACUAGAACCUGAUCUCCCACUAUCCACUAUGACGGACUGACACUACUUAGCAUCUUAGGAUGUGUGCAGAUAAAACCUUUGGCCUGGAGCCCUGCCUCCUUUUGCAGGAAUGAAGGUAUCUUAAUACGGAGUUGCUAAAAAGAAUAUGACUCCGAGCAGCAGGAAUUGUAUUUAUUCUUUUCACUGACUGAUGUCAUUUCAGAAAUGUGAGCAGCAAACUUUUCAAGGUCUUUGAAUACCAAAGUCGAAGAACAAGAAGACAGAGAGAGAACUCCAUGCAGCUGUGCUCACGCAAUACCACCGAAGGCCGUGUUGCCGUUGAUGAAACUCAAGGAGAAAGCUGCUUACAAGAGAGCAGGAGCAUCCCCAGUUCACAAAGCUUUCCUUGAGAGAAGAACGAGGGGCACUUUGUGGCUUGCUUCUUGUCUUCGAAGGCUCGCCACCAUGAACAGCGCAGAAAUGGCUCAGUUUAAAGCCUCAACAAAAUUCACAAGGAAAAUAUUUGGACUAAACGUUCUGGACAGUUUUCCUGCUUUGAAGUAGCUUGUCAUGCUUUACCCGUAUGAACUCUGUUGACCCUCAACUAGUCUUUUGGUUUCCCUCCCCUGAGUCAAAUAGCAACUAGUGACACUUUGAAAUCUUGAAUCUACAGCCAUUCUUUGGCAGCUCCGGCUUCAUAGCAAAUGCAGACCAAGCUGACUUGCUGCAGAGAAAACCUUCCUUCGUUUUAAAUGAAGCGUGCCGACCCCUUCCCCAAAUAAUUCUCAACACCCCACUCCCCUUUCUAAGGUCAUGGAUCCUGAACAAAGCCAGAAGAGCACAAAGAAGGGCGAGGAAGGUCCGAGGAAGAGGCUUGUGAAAGGAGAAGCUUUCCAGGGCAGUGUUUCGUCUGCAGCUCCAUAUCCAAGCACCUCUGCCCCGUUGCAAGGCUCUCCCCUCCAAGACGUUGCCUCGCAGCAGCAUUUUGCAAGGGAGGAGAGCCAGGAGAAGGCGGGACAAGCGCAGCCGAAGCCUCCAACCUUUGAACACCCAUCCCACGUGGCUCAGCUUCAGCAGCUCCCCCUGUCGCCCGCAUAUAUGGCUCCCCGAAAGCAGGAACACGUCCUAGAGGGCCCCACUUGGCAGCUAGUUGAUCCACCGAGGGCCGUUCCCUCUAGUUCAUUUCCUUCCUCUGGGCCUCAUGCUAGUCACAGCCGGGUCAUUCCAUCCCACUCCUCUGUCGUUCCCGAAGAAGACAUGCCCUCUGUUCAGAAGCUCUAUGUCCCUCGCACCCCGCAGGUUUCUGUGAAACCCUCUGAAGAAGGACACAAAAAGGAAAAGAAACCCCAGAAACCUGGCAAGUACAUUUGCCAGUACUGUAGCCGGCCUUGUGCUAAGCCAAGUGUCCUCCAGAAGCACAUCCGGUCACACACAGGGGAGAGGCCCUAUCCAUGUAUUCCAUGUGGCUUUUCCUUUAAAACCAAGAGCAAUCUGUACAAACAUCGGAAAUCUCACGCUCACCGAAUCAAAGCUGGACUGUCUUCGGGGGCUGGCACAGAGUUGUAUCCCUCCAGCCUGGAAAUGGAGAAGAUGGCUGGCGAGGAAUUUGAAGAGCCUACGGAAGGAGAAAGCACGGAUUCUGAGGAGGAGACCAGGACCACGCCGGGUCACUUGGCAGAACUGUCACCCAGGCAAAAGCAGACGAUGUUGUACGGGGCGGGAAGUCAGGGCUCUAGCCAGGAGAGCUCCUCCUUUUCCCAUUCGAGCAUGUCCCAGUCUCUGGAUGACACCAGCCAGUUUGUGGAGCCAGCCACGGAGCAUGUCCAAAGUCAUAAAUCGGAGGAAACGCAUACCAUCAAGCAGAAGCUUGCCCUGCGGCUAAGUGAAAGAAAGAAGGUGAUUGAGGAACAGGCGUUCUUGAGCCCUGGCAGCAAAGGCAGCACAGAAUCAGGCUAUUUCUCAAGGUCAGAGAGUGCCGAGCAGCAAAUCAGUCCGCCAAACACCAAUGUAAAAUCUUAUGCAGAAAUUAUUUUUGGGAAAUGUGGGCGAAUUGGCCAACGGACAGCCAUGCUAGCUGCAGCCGCCACCCAAGAAUUUCCACAGAUGUCAGCUGAGGAAAAGCCCAGCACAGUGCCCUUGUCUGUGCCUCGAACACAGGUCAUCGAACAUAUCACCAAGCUGAUCACAAUUAAUGAAGCUGUUGUGGAUACUAGUGAAAUAGACAGCGUUAAGCCGAGGAGGAGUUCUUUGUCUCGACGGAGCAGCAUCGAAUCUCCCAAGACUGGUGUGUAUAGAGAACCCUUUCAAUUAGAAAUCAAACCUGGUUCCGGCAGCCAGCUAGAGUUGUCCAAGUCGUCGACAUCCCAUGCCGAGAAAAUGAAGCCUGAACAAUCAUUGCUGCCGCUCCAGCAACCCCACAGUGCCACAGAGACAGUGCCUCUCUUAAGAAGCCACUCUGUGCCUUCAGCUGCAUGCACUAUGAGUUCCCCACAUACCUUUAGAGGUAGUUACUCCUUUGAUGACCACAUCACGGAGUCAGAGGUCUUAAGCCGCAGUCAGGUGUCUUCCCAUCCACGAAUGCUAAAACGGCAGCCGGCCAUCGAACUCCCUUUGGGAAUGGAGUACAGUUCAGAGGAGGUUAGCACUGCAAGCAAAGAAAGUCUUUCGAAACCUACUGAGGAACCAGAGAGCAAGGAGAGUGAGCUUACCAAAAAGUUGAGGAAGGGCACCAAAGCAAAAGGCUUUAUGUAUGAGUGUAACAUUUGUGGUGCCCGGUACAAGAAGAGGGAUAAUUAUGAAGCCCACAAAAAGUAUUAUUGUUCUGAGCUCCAGAUUUCCAAGCCUCAUUCUUCCAGUUCUCAUACCUCAUCGGAAGCUGAGAAAGGUUUUAUGGAGUCUGAUCCUUGGCCACAGAUGAUGCAUUAUAAGCUGGGGACUAGUUUAGAGCUUACUCCACUGAGAAAGAGGCGUAAGGAAAAGAGCCUUGGUGAUGAUGAAGAUCCUCCAGCAUUUGAGUUGACUGAAACGUCCUCCUCUAGUAGUGGGCGAGCCACUCAGUUUAGUGGCUUGAAGUCCACUGAUGUGGCCUUGAACCUACUGCCUCAGUCCAUUAAGUCACCAGCAGAUCCCAGUCAAUCUAUGCCACUUUCUGAUGUCAGUGCAAGUUUUCACUCCAGGACUACAAAACCAUCUUUUAGUACAGAAAGCAAGGAGAGGAGAACAACCUCAAAGGAGAUCUCUGUCAUCCAACACACAAGCUCCUUUGAGAAGUCUGAAUCUACAGAGCAGCUAAGUGGCUUGGAGGGAGAGGAAAAGCUGCUCUUGCCGUAUGCAUCUCAGCCACCAGCCCAGCAUGCCCGGCCUCCUCAUUCCCUUCAGCCAAAGCUUGUGCGUCAACCCAAUAUCCAAGUCCCUGAGAUUCUGGUCACUGAAGAGCCCGACAGGCCAGAAAUGGAGCCCGAACCACCCCCUAAAGAGCCAGAGAAGACAGAGGAAUUUCAGUGGCCUCAGAGGAGCCAGAGUCUCUCCCAGCUUCCUGCAGAGAAACUGCCUCCCAAAAAGAAGAGGCUACGGCUAGCAGAAAUGGCUCAGUCUUCUGGAGAGUCCAGCUUUGAGUCACUCAGAAGCCCAAGCCAGGAAAGCAGCAUCUCCCACACUUCCAGCCGCUCCACUUCAUUUGAGCGAGAGGAAGCGGUUCCCCAGCCCUCUGAAACCCAUGCAAAGCUUCUUGGCAUUGGGCCACAUAUGUUAAUGGUGCCCAGCCACCACCACCAUCACCACUCCCGUGAAAUGCGCAGAUCCGCCUCUGAGCAGACCCCGAAUGUCUCCCACUCCUCUCCUAUGUCAGAGACCCGCAGCAAGUCGUUCGACUACGGGAGCUUGUCGUCUUCUCCCGCUUCUGUGUCCCAUCUGCCGACCACCUCAACGGCUGCCCCACCGCCCCAGGAGAGGAGGAAGUGCUUUUUGGUCCGACAGGCAUCUCUUACUAGGCACCCGGAGCAUGAACCAGACCCUGUCCCCAAAGGAGCAGCAGAGAUGGAAGAAUUGCGGCAGUCUUCCAGCAAAUCCCCUGCUGCGGACCUGCCCCAUCAGCAGCCGCCUCCCUCCUCCUCCUCCUCAUCCUCCUCCUCCUCCUCUUCUCACAGAGGCUACCCAGCUGACAAGGGCCAGCCAAAGGACUGCUCCGAGCCCACCUACUCCCAUCCCUACACUGAGGCUCUGCAGGUGUUCCAUCACCCUGCCCCACAGCUGACCCUUCACGAAAAGCAGUACAUGACUCCGCAGAUCUCUUUCUUGCCAUUCCCACACCUCUUGCCACAGCCGGGACAGUCGGUAGAGCUGUUCUCCACCCAGGCCAUGGCGGACAUCUUCGCGGCUCAGUAUUCCAUUCCACAGAUACCUCACUCCGUAUUUCAGAGUGCAGCUCUCCCUCUGCAAGAUGCUUUGCUGCACCCAGGCCAAUUUCACAUUGCUCCUCCACUGAUGUCCCACCCAGCUGAUGUGGCACUGAGGCAGAGCCCAUCACUCUUCCCCAUACACUACCCAGGCUCCCCACCACUGCCUUCCACCUUCUUUCUGCCCCUCCAGUCCCAGCUUGCCCUCCAGUUGCCAAGUGAGAUUGGUGCCCAUUUGCCCCAACUCAAAUCCAGCCUCUCUCCGCCAAUCAGAAGUCCCAGCUUCUCCCCAUCCAUUAACUACAGCUCAGAGAGCCAAUUGCAUAUUUUGACCCGGCCAGACAGUCCCUCUGCAACCGUCUCCAUCUCUCAGUUGGUGGUGCCUGCUUGUGCAGAGCCUGUAGUCUCCCUCGUCGUCCCAGUCCGCAUUCAGACUAACAUGCCAUCCUAUGGGAGCGCAAUGUACACUACCCUCUCUCAAAUCCUGGUCACUCAGUCUCACUGCAGCGCCUCUUCGAUCAUCCUGCCAAAGUUUGAUGAUUAUCAGGCCAAGGGCACCUUGGUUUGCACGGCUAACGUUCAUGGAAUCGGUCUUGAUUUGGCACAGAUGAUCACCGAGGAGCAGAAAUCCUUGUUCCAGACUCCAUACCUGAGACUGCCCUUAUCACUGUCGGAAAGGAAAAGUUACAUUCCCCUGGGCUCUGCAUCUGAAAGCAUCUUGGAUUUUGACGGGAGCCCGUCAACCGUUGGAGGAAGUAAGCGGAUGUUGUCUCCAGCCGGGAGCUUGGAGCUCACUAUGGAAACUCAGCAGCAGAAAAGAGUGAAGGAAGAAGAAUUCUCUGAAAUGGAGGAGAAGCUGAAGAUAGUGACGACAGCUAGUGCAGCAACGGAAGAGAAGGAGUGCAGCCAAGGGAGAACCAAGGCAGAAAGCUCCCCUGACUUAUCUCCUCAAGAGUCAGAGCUUCAGGAAGAGUCAGGCAGUUUACCACCAGACUUGCCACAGUCUGAGGCCUCAAGCUUGGAGGUACAUGAGGGAUACGAGGAGCUGGUGGGCAAGGAGCUCCAAAGCAAGGAUUCUCCACAGAUGGUCAAGAAAGAAGAUUCCAAAGAUCCCGUGGAACCGCCUGCAGCAAACCCUCCAAGUGCAGUAGUUUCCUCUGAGGCUGCACAAAGUUCCCAGAAGUCCCAAGAUGGUAGAGAUGUUAAGAAGGUACUUCAGUUCCCCAGUCUCCAUACAACUACUAAUGUCAGUUGGUGCUAUUUAAAUUACAUAAAGCCAAAUCACAUCCAGCAAGUUGACCGAAGGUCCUCGGUGUACUCCAGUUGGUGUGUUAGUUUGUAUAAUCCCAACCUCCCUGGUGUAUCCACUAAAGUUGCCCUUUCGCUCCUGCACUCCAAGCAGAAGGUGAACAAAGAAACCUACACCAUGGCUACUGCUCCACGUCCAGAGGCAGGGAGGCUCGUGCUUGCCAGCUCCAGGAAUCCCAAAAUGUCUGAGGUUCAUCUGCCUUCACCCCUUCCCAGUGAAGUUCAGAAAGAUGUAAUGAGGACUGAUAAGGAAGAAGAUAAAAGAGGAAAAGGGGAAGACGACAUUCCCAUAUCCAAAAGAGUGGAACCAGCCAGAAUCAAGAUCUUUGAAGGAGGGUACAAAUCAAACGAAGAGUAUGUGUAUGUGCGAGGCCGUGGACGAGGGAAGUAUGUAUGUGAGGAGUGUGGAAUUCGCUGCAAGAAACCCAGCAUGCUGAAGAAACACAUUCGCACGCACACAGACGUCAGGCCAUAUGUCUGCAAGUACUGUAACUUUGCUUUUAAAACCAAAGGGAAUCUGACUAAACACAUGAAAUCAAAAGCCCACAGCAAAAAAUGUCAGGAGAUGGGUGUGUUGGUGUCUUCACUGGUGGAACUAGAAGCAGAAGAAGGAACCAGUGAAGAUCUCUUCCAAGAUUCAGAAGGGCAGGAGGGAUCCGAGCUGCUUGAAGAACACCAGUUUUCAGACUUGGAAGAGUCUGAUGAAGAUGAUGACAAUGAGGAGGAGGAGGAGGAGGAAGAGGAGGAAGAGGAGGAAGAGGAGGAGGAAAGCCAAGAGGAGCCACCUGCAAAGGCCUCAGAAAUGAAGAACACCUGCCUCCCAGAGCAUUCUCCAAGAUGUUCUCCCUCUGCCCAGGAGAAAGGUACUAAGACAGCCUUGCCUACGGCUGAAGACGUUGUCUCCAGCAGUGAGUGUGCUGUUCAAAGUCACCAGACCACCUCCUCGGAAGCAGAAAUGAAAUGGUCUGGUGAUAACAGUGAAGUUGCUGUCUGCCACAGCUUGUUGAGACUCCAUCAGCCAGUUUUGACCUCUAGUAUGCUCCUAGCUGAGAAGGAAUCAAUUGCAAAGCCACAGGUGCCAUUAGCAAUGGACUUGUCCGUCUCCAAAGACACCUCUCCUAGAAGGAAAUGGUUCCCAGGCAAGGAGUCUGGCACUGGUGGUGGUAACCGAUCAAUACUGGCUCGAAAGCACCUCUUAACCAAAAAUGAAACUUCACUGAAAAGGUUUUCGCCCACUGGAGAAACAUCUUCACUGAGAAGUCUCUCUCUGGGGCUGGGCAUGCCCUGUCAUCGGAUGUCUCCAAGGAGAGAGGCAGUUCCCCUUCAUAGCUUGUCCACAAGACUUGAGCCGUCGCCAAGCAGAUACGCUUCUUCAAGAAGAGAGCUGUCAUCUCCACGAGUGUAUCUUCCACCAGAGAGGAGGGUCUCCCCUGUGAGACACGUAUCUCCAAGCAGGGAAAUGUCCUCAGCCAGAUACUUCUCCAUGAAGAAGACGUUGUCCCAGAGCUCUUCAGAGCCACCUUCACGGUACCCGUCCCCAGGGAGAGAGGACUUGCCUUCAGCAGGUGAAGAAAAAGUUCAAAGCUCGUGCAAAACUCAGCAUGGAAUAUCAUCUUCGGUGCCUCUACCUCACAGGUCCCUCAGCAAAAACACGGAGCUGUAUGAAGAACCUAAACUGAAGAAAGAAUCCAGAAGCCCAUCGAGCUCACCGGGCAGUGCUCAACAUCUCUGUGUAAGGCCUUUGCAGUCACCCCACGACAUCAACGUCCGUGCUCCGAGCCGAGUGGAAGAUUAUAUCUUCAGUCAUCUCCCACUGCACUCCCAACAGUUAACCAGGAGCCCAUGCCCCAUGAUCCCCAUCGGGGGCAUCCAGAUGGUCCAGGCCAGGCCCAGCAGCCACCCUAGGUUGGGGCACAGCUCAGUGAUGUCCGGGCAAGUCAGCUAUUUUGCACAGGGCGAGCCCUUCUCUGAAUUCAGCCAAGCUAAAGAAAGGGGCAGGAAGGCCCAAGACCUCCGUGGCACUCCGUCAUCAGCAGCAACCCCACCGCUUCAGAGCAGCUACCUGCAGGAGAAGGUAAGGACUAGCGAGCUUCCCCAAAAGGCAGCCAAGGAGGAAGAAUACAGGGUAAAAACACGUGCUGAAGCCGGUGGCUCGGAGCAGGACAGCUGCCCGGCCCCCCGAGCGAGUUCCUGCCCAGAGAAGGGAGCGUCGCCUGAGCCUUUGGUCAGUGGGGAAGAACUCUCAGGCAAGAAGGGAAAGAAGAAGCGUAGCAGCUUAAGCACCUCUUUUGACCCCCCCUGCACUUUUCUCUCGGACUUCCCUGCGCAGACGCUGGACAGGAGCAGCAGCACCGGCUGCCUGUUGGAGCCUGGCUCGAGCCAGUUCUCCUGCCCACUCUCUGUCAGGAGAAGGAACCUCUCAGGGGAGCCAGCGCCCCAAGGGGGGCCGCACAGGAGGAGGAGCCCCCCCGUGGAGCAAGCAGGCUUCCGCCUCGCAGAAAGGCAAGUGGAUAACAAUACGAGAAGUACUUGAACCUCCCUCCAUCUUUUUGUCACAGGCUUCCCAAGUAAAACAAAACAGACCUUGCUAAUGCUCUUGGUUUUAGAAUAAUCAUUGCUAAAGGAAAAGACUCUCUAGCAUAUGACCAAACCCACAGAGACUCGUGCAUUUCGUUGCGUUUUUUCCUUUGUUCCAGUCUGGUAUUAUUUCCACAUGUACCUGUGCCUUUUUCUAUACUGUUUUGCGUUGUUGUUGCUGUUGCUUCAAAUACACAAACAAACAAAUAGAAGCGAUGAUUUUUUUAAUUUUAUUUUUUAGAGAAUUUUGGAAAGGGGUUUAGAAGACUGUGUCUCUCAUCACCAUGACAAAGUCUGUUCCUUUGGGCUUGUCCAACGCAGACAGGAAAGGGUAAAAUACUGUUUCCUGAGGCUGCACUGAAAACCUCUUAAAUGAUAUUGAUUGAAUGAUUGGGGGGACCGACCCCGUUGUCAUGUACAGACAGUUACAACCCCCCAAAGACCCCCUAUUUAUUAUUUGCUUUAUUUAAUAUGUGGCAAAGUGCUUGUUGUUUUAUAAUUAUUUCUUUUAUUAUUUGCAUUGCUCUGGUUGCCCUGCAAGUGUGCUUUCAGGACAGCUGUGACUGAGUGAAUCUGGGGGAAAAAAGAAGUGUUUACUUUUGAAUUGUAAAUGAAACUAGCACUUAUUUUGUAUGGGAAGGCCCUGAUGGUGGUGAAAGACCCCCCCUCCCCCCGCAACUCAAACACAAAAGGAUCUCAGAAUGUGCCUCCCUUACAUACAACCCUCAAAAGCACUUUUGAAAAAAGGGACACACGCAUGCCCAUUAAAAAAAACAACAACCCUGCCCCGCUGAAAUUGCAAGGAAGUAAGAAUGUAUUGAAUGUAGAAAAAAUGAGUAUGAUGUAGGAGAUCUUAGCUUUCUGAAAGCCGUUCUUGCUUUAAUACUGACAUUCCAUGACUGGCUGCUGCUUUACGACAUACGCACAAUCCCCACGCAGUGCCUUUAACCAGCUGCUAAAGCUCGAGGCUCUGCUGUGGACCCUGGGCCAUUGCCCCCCAGAAGCUCCUCCAUUGGAAACAUGCUGUCAAGCCUGAGAUGCGAACUCUCAGCGUUGGCAGCAUGUCUUGCUUGUUUGUUUCCUGCCACCUGCUCCCCACGCUUCCACUGGAGAACAUCUCCUCUGAUCCCACUUCUGGAAACCGCAAAGCAGGGGAGGGGGGAUAAACGGCAGGGCUGCUGACCUGAUGGCCUUCACAUGGCCAUCGGUGCUGUCUGACAUGUGAGACCAUCUCUGAAGGUCUCAGAGAGCACCUUCCCCCACCUGGCACCCCCCCCCCCGACCAGGUUUCUGUGGGUCCCUUUGCCACCAGCUUGGUGGAAAGGAGAGUUGUGGCCCAGCAAGUUCUGGUGGGGGCCAGGGGGGAGAAAAGCAUGGGCAGGAGCAGAGGCAGCCAAGGAACCUGCAGUUUGGCUUUGGUGUGAACCGUCAACAUGAAGCAUCUCAUCAGUCUGGGUUAAGUCCAUGCUUGUGUUUUUAUACCAGCCCAGCCCAUACCUGGUUCUGGGAUGGAUCUUGGACAUGUCCAUCUUUAGUUGGUCACUACACUGACAUAGCAAAGAAGAAAAUAAGGGGUAUUUAAACAAAAUUUUCACAUAUUAUCCCCCCUCCCACAGAAUAAAUGAAAAACUGCCAUUGUUAGCCUAUAGCAUAGAUUGCAACAGCAAAUGUCUAAUGGCCACUUAAACAUGGAUGUUCUUUAACAUUUGUAGUGCAAUUAUAAAAACAGGCCCACCGGAAGAGUACAGACCAAGCUGUGACAUCAGAGCCAUGCAGCUUUGCCAUGUUAAUGCCAUCUCAGAAGUUUGACUGUUAGAACAAAUGUUUACUCGGGUAGAUAGGAAGCUCAGUGCUUGUUUGGAGAGUCUCUUGUUCUGUAUGGAGUCUGCCCAAAUACUUUGCACAAUUAAUGAAGCAAAACCAGUUCCACAAAUAUUUAACCAGUGGACCAGUCCUUCCUUCCUUCAGAGAAGUUCCAGUUUAUUGCAUGCAUGUUCGCCUCCCUCUUUUUAUUUAACAGUGCAAAUAUAAUGAAAUCCUGAAUGAGAGCAUUUUAAGGCAGGCUUGAAAAGCCACCAACUGUUGUCAUUGCACAGCUGAAUAACCUGGGAUGGGUGUGAUUUGAGCUGAAUACUCUGCAGUUGUGAUGUAUCAUUUCAUAUUUGUAUUAGGUAACUUAAGGACCACAAGAUGUUGCUUUUGGGGUGGGGGGUUGAUUUAUUUUGGGUCAAAGUGACAUUGAUCUUGUGAAGGUGACCAAACUAAUGCUGGAAUUUCAGAGUUCACUGGAAAACGUUCUUCAUGGUCUACUAUAUUUUCCUUGUUUACUGCUUAUAAUACCUCUUUCAGUGCUAAGGAACAGAAUUAUGUGCUAUUGACUCUGUGCUGGAGUCCAGGACCUAACCAGAGGCCUUAUGGAAGGUCCAAUACAACCCCCUUUUUCAACAGGUCAUAGGGGAAUGAACAGCAACCUUGGAAGUCUGGCUCCAAUGGAAAUUGGUACCACACUCACAUCGAUGUCAAAGGAUUCACAGUGUUACUCACUGGCUUCACUGAAGGAGGAAGCCCCAAACCAGAACCUCUCUGGGCAUGGCUGGAAAACAGCUUCUUAUUUCCACUAUGGCUCUGAAUUCCCUGCAAUUUCAGGCUGUUUAUUCCCCUCAGUUCCCUCCAUCCUGCCCUCCCUCCUUCACUGACCUGCUUUCCAUGCAGCCCUUUUGGACCAAAUGGUUUUCCAUAUUGAAAUUGUACAUGAGCCAUCAUUAGACUCUUGCACCUCUAUGAUUAGUCCAUGUUCUACUUGUACACAUGUUCUAAGCGUACCUGGUUUUGCUUUAGGGCUAGAUCCAAUGCAACAUGGUGCUCAGUUUUCAGCCUUCAAUUAUUAUUUUUUCUCCCUUCUCUCUCUCUGUCCCUUGGGUGCACUGGAAGUUAUGUUUCCUCCUCAUUUUCUCAUGGAAUCUGUAAACAACCCAGAGCUAAUAUUAAUAACCAUCUGGGUAUAUUUGCUCUUGCACCUUUAUUUUAAAUUUACUCCUAGGAGUUUGUCAAGGGAUGUUUUGUCCACACUGCAGUGCAAAUGCUCGUCUGAUGUGGCAGCCAAGCCCAGUCAUCUCCAUACUAUUCCACAAAGCCACUUUCAUCUGGUGAAAGAGGGGAUGGAGACCAAGGUUUGUUGACAAAGGAUCACAAUACUGCUUGAACCACAGGCAGAGCAUUCAAGGCAUUGAGCCAAAGUGCUGUUGCUUUGGGUGACAAUGUCUUGUUUUUGUCUCCUUCUACUGAUGACUAUACUUGAACUUCACUUUUCUUUCUUGUUGGGAUCUGACAUAGAGUGCCUACUUCCUGAACAUUCAGGUUAGCAUAUCUGCUUGUGACCGUUUUUGCCCUUCCUUCCUGCCACGUCAAUGUAUCCUUCGGUUCUCCAGUUUGACUUAGUGCAGUUCGAUGAAGGUGUUGCAAGUGUUAAGUUAUCACACCUGAGGCCUAAAUGAGCCUCAAGCCAUUCUUGCACUACUGGCAUCAGUUGUGAUUGCAGAAAGGUGGUGGAGAGAGAGGGGAGGGAAAAAGAAGAAGAACUGAAUUGACAUUCUUGCGAAUGUUGGGUUUCAUUUUGCUUUGCAUUCCUAUUAUAGACCAAUCUAAGCCAAAGUCUCUUUAACCCUCAUGUGUGAAAAAGCUUGGAGUUACUGUGUGAUGCAUACAAAGCAAAAAACAGAGCAUGCAGUGAACCUCCUUCAGCCCGUCAUUACUGUCAACCAGCUGGACUCCUGGAUGUCUGUGGGGCAUUUCUUGGUGGCCGACCAAGUGCACUUGGCUGACCAGGUGGAGCUGGGCUCCUUACGGCAAGCUACUAAACAUACUAAGGGCUCAUCCUGCAAGGUGCUGAGCACUCUAGGCAGACCUAGCAAAGCCUUAAGAAUGUGCUUAACCCAAAGCACUUAAAUGGCCCCGCUGAACGAAACCUUCUGGGUCAAUUGCAGAGCCGCUGCGUGGUCCCACAGUGUGGUGCUGUGAUGAAUGCCUAAGGAGACAGCCACGCCACACACUGUCCCCUCUUGUCUUCUCAGACCGAGGAGAUCUGUCCGAUUCAUCAUCCAUUCUUCUGCUUUGGAGGAGAGCUUCCCCAGCCCCAGAGAUAGCACUGUAAUCAUGCUUGCAGCAAAGAAUGUAAACACACGUGCACCCUAAGUUUGCACUUCCAUACCUUUAGGAGUAGAUUUCAUUGAACAUAAUGAAUUUACUUCACAAUAAACAGGCAUGUGAUUGGAUUGUACAUUCUGUAGAUUAUUUCUAGAACUGCUUUCUACUUGGCCUAACUUUGAGUUCAAAUUUUUGAUGAUGGUUUAUGUAAAGCUACUUUGCAUCAAACCCCUUUUGAAAGUCUUUUUUCCCAGCUUAAGACAUCUGUAUUAUGAUUUAUUAACCCUCCCUUUGGUACUUUAGAGUGCCCUUCUUAGUUUUAUUCAUUUAGAGGCCAAAGAGAAAAAGAAGAAAACAUUUUAAAAUGUUGGUGGCAUCAAUAAAAGUUGAUUGCUUUUUAUUUCAAAGUGCUUUAUAAUUAGAUUUAUAAUCCAUGAAAGACUUGAUAUUUAAGCACCUUUAUAUACUUGCCUAAUUUUCCAGUGUUCUGAAAGAUACUAAACUAACUACUUCUUUUGGCUGUGUAGACAUUUUGAUUGUUCAUUAAAGGCUUAAGAUUUAAAAAUAUUUGGUCAUCUGCAUAGUAAUGUGAGUUUACUGAAGUUGCUGUCACACAAAUGGUUGGUUUGGUCAUAAUAACAGCAAACCAUGAUUUAUUCUAAUUAUAAUUUACAGCCGGAUCUUAUACCUGUCUUACUCAGAAAUAAUCUUACUGCUGGGUAAAUGGACAUAGGACUGCAGCAUCAGUAUACAAACCAUGUUUUGUACAAGAAAACCAUGGUUUGUGUGCUUUCCAUCUUCCCUCUGCCUUCCUUGAGAAUGUAUAGAUGCUAUCCUAAAGAGUGGAUUCAGAAGACAGAGGAAUGGUGCCAGCCUUGGUAUGUCAGUUCAGAUGUAAUGCCAAACCUUAGUUUUUCCAAAGCCAUUUAAAUUGUGAUUUGAGAUACUGAUGUGGAAGCCACUCAACAAUCAUAGUUUAUUGGAAGGUGCUUCAGACACCACGACAAAGCGUGGCUUGGUGCUUGUCCUGAAGUAUCUUUCAGGAUGCAUCCAAGCCAAUAAAACGUUGCUGGCAUUGAAUACCCCACCACCCAGCAAAAUCAAACCACUUGGAUGUAAGCUAAAGACUGGCUAUGGUCCAGUGUUCCAGUUAGACUUUGUCGUGAUUACAGUUGCCCUGUCCCUUCAGUGUUAGCCAGUGUUCCACACAAAUGCGAGAACCAUUCCCUGUUGAAAUGGCUUAGGCUGCUUCCACCAGCCCGUCACUCCAAGGAAACUUUGGACCACCUGGACUGUGCUGGCAGAUUUACUUCGGUAAGGCUCAAUUUGAUUUCAGUUCAGAUUUUCUUAAAUAAAUUCUGGCAUUUAUACCUGAGUUGGUUGGCAGUCCUCAAAACAACUCAGCUGCAAGGAUCUUUGCUACCUAUAUUUGUGAUUGACUUUGCAGACAUUCAUUUUUUCAAGUUGAGAAUCUCAGAAAAGUAACAAAAGAAAAAGCCAUGGAAGCGUCCUUCCUCGUAUUUGCAAUUCGAUCAACACAAUGGUCCAUGUAGGAGUCAGGGAAAGAGCUUGCAGCCACAUAGUGUUGUCGAUAAAUGUAAAUGUAAGACUAUUGACUGAGGCUGGGAUCCUCAGACUAUUCCGGGAAAGAUGCCCACACCGAAAAGAAUUAGCCUGGUGGAUAAACACUUCCAAUCACUGAACUCGCCCUAGACUUGCCCAUAUUCAUGUCAUGAUGAACCACAGGUUAGAGCGAUGGGAAUGAGCUGCAGUGAGCCCUGAAUGCACACGCUUCCCUCUCCCAUCACUCCCAGCUGACUGCAAGGAGGCAUUUAGAAGCUUCUGAUCAUGUCUGAGAUUUUGUUUUUUUAAAGUUUAGCAUUAAGCCCUAAUCCUUAAACUGUGGUUAGGUAUGAUGUGUUGAAACAAGCCAGUUUCAUAACCCAUGUUUUCACAUCAAAUUGUUUCAAACAAACCAUGAUUAAGUUUAAUCAUAGGGCGUCAGGUUCAGAGGAUACAACAUGCUGUGGUUAACCAGAAGCCAGUGUUUCUGAACUUCUCACAGCUGCAUUGGAGGAGGGAGAGUGUCUGAGCACAUGGCUUGAUUUCAUUCCAUUAAACUAUGGUUUUGUGUGAUGUCCAAACCCAUUGUAUUCUGCCUGUUGAUUCUUUGUAGGUAGAAGUUCCCCCCUUUUCCAAUUCCUGGCUUUCCCAGCGUCAGCUGCCAUGAAAAAAUUAGAAUGCCAUUGAGACUAGUUUUUAAAAGGCAUUAAAGCUAUUGUGUUGUUGAUAAUGAUAAAAUGCUUUUGAGCUAAGCAUGUAGCAUUGCGAUCUAGCCCUUCUGUUGUGCAUUUUUCAAUAUGCCCCCCCUUUUACUUUUUUCAGCACUUGAGUUUAUUGUGUGUUCCUUAGGAUUUUUUUGUCCAGUUAUUGCACAGUAUUUGUGAAUUAAGAGGUAAAAUAUUUUUUAUGAAAAUACCAAAUUUGGGUCCUAAUGAUGACAUUAAAACAAGUUUUCAUUAUUGAAAUAUUAUGGCACUUAUGCUCACUUUAGUAAAUGUAAUGUAAGAUAUUAAUAAUAUUGAUGAUGUGUACGCAAAUUUAAUAUACAUGGUCUCAUGUAAGAUAAAUAUUUGCCUUUUUUUCUAAAAGGUGUAUGUAUUCUGUAAGUGGAAUAGGCUUUAGAAAGUUUCUAUAUGUUCUUAAAAAUGGCAAUACAUUCCAAAAAGGUACUGUAAAUAUGUACAGACUCAGAGUACAGUGUAAUUUGGUAGUUUUGCUUGUAAUUUUUAUUUUCAAUUCAGUUUCUACAUUUGCAUCUUGCAAUGUCUGUAUGGUUAUAAGAGUGCAAAAAAAUUGCAGGUGAAAAGCACAGAAUAUAAUGUUUAAAAAAAGAGAAAAAUACUCUGCAUUUGAUGUUUGUGACCCUUAUUGUAAAUGACAUCUGUACUGUGAAUGAAAAAAGUUUUUACACGUAUAUUGCCUUUACUACAGUUCAGACGGUCUACUCGAUCUGAGCAUAUUUUUUAAAAAAUAGCACGUUGGAAUAAAUUUUAAAGUCCCAACUUA